CCCUACCGUUGCUCUUCGCCCGCCGGCGUCCCGGUCAACGGCGAGCGCGCCGCCGACCACGUGCACGGGGCGCCAGGAGGCACUACUAUUCGCCACGGUUACAUAAGCAUUGACUGUGGAUAUACAGCAAGCCCAGACUACACAGAUAGCAAGACUGGCUUAACAUAUGUAAGCGACGCGAGUUUCAUCAAUGCAGGAUUAAUCCACACUGUUGACCCGAGCAAAAUGCAGCAAGCUGACCUUGCACAGCAGUACUCUACCGUCCGCUUCUUCCCGAAUGGGACCCGCAAUUGCUACACGUUGCAGUCGCUAACACCGGGCGGCAAGUACCUCGUCAGGGCUGCAUUUGGCUAUGGUGACUAUGACACACUAAACAGCCCCCCUACCUUUGAUCUCUAUUUUGGGGUCAACUACUGGACGACAGUGACCAUUGUCAAUACCAGUACAUCAUAUCUUUAUGAGAUUAUCGCUGUGGCCCCUGCCGAAUUCCUGCAUAUAUGCUUGGUGGACAGAGGAUCAGGAACUCCUUUCAUCUCAGUGCUUGAAUUGAGGUCACUUUUACCGACACUUUAUCCGGAGGCCAGUCUGGCACAGUCCCUGGUUUUGCUUAAUUUCUUCCGCGACACAGUCAAUUUUGGGUUCAACCGCUACCACUUUGGGACGGACGAUCAAAACAUCAGGUACCCACAUGAUCCCUAUGACCGCAUGUGGCAGAAGUAUGAAGACGUCCCUAACUGGAUUGACGUGCCCAACAAAACAUCUGGGGUAGUCCAGAAUGCCCCAAAUGAUCACUAUAGUCCACCAUCUGAAGUGAUGCUUCGUGCAUCCAGUCCAUUGAAUGCCUCGAGAAUGGACAUGUGGUGGAGUUCGGAUUCAUCCUUGACCCUUGACGUUGGCUCCAACUACUUUCUGGUGCUCUACUUCACUGAGUUGGAGGACAAAAAAGUAGGCUUUAGGCACUUCAAUGUUUCAGUGGAUAACUACUCGUUAGCCGAUGCAUUUAGCCCAAGCUUCUUCCGGGCUAGUGUUCUCACCUGGACUGUGCCAAGGUCAAGCCGUUAUGUCGUCUCCCUCAUAGCAACACCAAACUCCACGGUUGGUCCUGUGAUCAGUGGCAUGGAGAUAUAUAUGCUGCGGCAACAGAAUGAAUCUACCACUUACUCUGCAGACGCCAAUGCCAUGAUGACCAUCCAGAUGAAAUUCUCUGUGAAGAAGAAUUGGGUGGGUGAUCCAUGCUCCCCUGUAUUUUUUGCAUGGGAUGGCUUGGAAUGUAGAUAUGCUCCCAGCAGUCCAAGAAUAAUAGCCUUAAACUUGUCAUCCAGUGGAUUGGCUGGUGAAGUUGAUAUUUCUGUUGGUCAGCUUCAGUUGCUCCAAUACUUGGAUCUAUCUCACAACAAAUUGUCAGGAUCAAUACCUGAAUUUCUGGGUGAACUAACAUCACUUAAAUAUCUGGAUUUGUCAAAUAACAACUUCAGUGGACCAAUUCCUGGGGCUCUGCUAGAAAAAUCUCAGAACGGUUUGCUGGCACUAAGGGUCGACAAUAACCCAAACCUUUGUGAAAAUUAUACCUGCAACAACAAGAAGAAGAAGAUAACGGGUGUACUUGAGAUUAUUGUUCCAGUAAUAUCUUCAGUAGCUCUACUCUCUGUGGUUCUACUUGUUUGUUGGCACAGAAUAAAGAAUAGGCAAGAUGCGGCUCGCCCAGUUAAUCCAUUUGAGAACCGAAACUUCAAAUACAACGAACUUAGGCUCAUCACAGAUAACUUUAGCAAGGUAAUUGGAAAGGGUGGAUUUGGCCCUGUCUAUUUUGGUUCUUUGGAAAAUGGAACUCCUGUUGCUGUGAAGGUGCGGUCGGAGACAUCUUCACAAGGACAUAAAGAGUUUUUAGCCGAGGCUCAAUACUUGGCCAGGGUUCAUCACAAGAACCUGGUGUCCUUAAUUGGCUAUUGCAAGGACAAGAAACAUCUAAGCCUUGUCUAUGAGUACAUGGAUGGAGGCAACCUAGAGGACCGACUCAAAGGUCAAGUACCCCUUAAUUGGCUGCAACGUCUUAAUAUCGCAUUGGACUGUGCCUACGGACUUCAUUACCUGCACAAGUCCUGUGGCCGGCCGAUGAUUCAUAGAGAUGUGAAGGCCGUGAAAAUCCUUCUUACUGCAGAUCUCGAAGCAAGGAUAUCGGAUUUUGGGCUGACAAGGGCUUUCAGCAGUGAAAUGAGUACACAUGCAACAACCCGACCAAUGGGUACCAGCGGGUACCUGGACCCAGAGUACUAUGCAACCUCACAUCUAAGUGAGAAGAGCGAUGUGUACAGCUUCGGAAUCCUCCUCUUGGUGCUGAUCACCGCGCAGCCAGUGAUUGUCACCGCCAACAACGCCAAGAGAGAAAACAUAUCGCUUUGGGUACGCAGCAGGCUCUUGGAAGGCGAUAUCGAGAGCUUGACUGACCUGAGGAUAAGAGGACAUUAUGAUGUCAACUCUGUAUGGAAGGUGGCAGAAAUGGCCCUGCAUUGCACGGAGCACAAGAGGCAGGACCGGCCAACGAUGAUGGAGGUCGUGGAGGGGCUGAAGGAGGGCUUGCAACUAGAGAAUUCGUCGCGCUCCUCGGUUGAGACGGGCAGGCAGUUUGCUGUAUGCUGACAACGAGUUUGCUGGUUCUCAUAAGGCGGAACUUACCGGAGGUGAAACAUCUCUCAAAAAUAAACAUACAUUUACCAAAAUAAAGAAAAAUGGUUAUCUGCCACAAGGUUUACAAUAGGGUUCUUAGAGCAUAUCUACCAAAUGUCUUAUAAUCCACCCAUUCCUUAAAAGUCCGCAACUAUAAGAAAAAUGAGCACCAGCACCGAUUCCUUGUCCCAUCCCUUGCCCCUAGGUUUCUUUACGGAUCUUACUUGUAACUCAAUUAUGUUCUGUAAAUUUCUGGAGCGAACGCAUCAUUCUGUGACCCAGAGUUGCCACACGUACGACAAAUUUUGGUCCAAUCUUUGUACACCACAUAAGGGUACGUUUGGUAGCCAGCAUGACUCUGGCAUUAUGUUCCCUCUUGAGACAUGCUGAUGGUAGACAUGUUGACUACACACAACUGCAAUUGUUUGGUAGCCUUUA